GAUGAACAGUCAGUAAUUGUCCCACAGCAUCAGAUAAUCAGAAUAAUCAGGAUCAAAACUCAGCACAAUGAGCCGACGGAGCCACAGAGAAGGUAAAGCUCGUGCGGGGUCAAAGGUCACGAAAGAGAGAGUGGGUCUGGUGGUUCUUGGCGCUCUGUUGGCAGCUUCUCUCAUCGUCAUCUACAGAGUCUCUUUUGAAAACUUCUGGACCAACAGACGUCUCCAAACACUGAAAGAGGAGACUGAAGCUUUAAAGAGAAACUGCUCAGAUAAACCAAGUCCAGUUUGUGAUGAAGCAUGGGAACGUCAUGGGGAGAAGUGCUAUUAUUUCAGUACUUUCAAAUCAUCCUGGGACAUCGGUAGAAGGUUCUGCAAAGAGUUCGGUGCAGACCUGGUGAAGAUCGACAGUGAGGAGGAGCAGCGUUUUCUGUUGAAUAAAGUGAAAGACAUCAUGACUGAGGAAGAGGAUAAAUUCUGGAUUGGACUGACAGACUCAAAGACAGAAGGGAAAUGGGUGUGGGUAGACAACUCAUCACUGGAUGACAAAUUACAGUUUUGGUGGAAUGAUAGUAAACCUAUAGAGCCGGACAACUGGCCAGGCGAAGAUCCAGAUGGAGAAGACUGUGUGAGGAUGGGGGAGUUAGGACCAGUCACUAAGUUAAAUCGUUGGCUUGAUAAAUCCUGCAAAGUGGCUCAGAGAAGCAUCUGUGAAAAACCAGCAAAAAGACGUCAGUGAAUUAAAGCAGGCGUCAGUCCUGCAGCGUGGACACAGAACACAGUGAAGUCAUUAUAGACAAAAAUAAUGUACAGAUUAAGAAGCUGUUUAGCAGAAGUGACCACAUUCAUUAUGUCUUCAUAAAACAUUAGUCUGUAACAUCAGUCACUUUAGGUCAUUUUACAACACAUGAAGUAAUUAUGACUUCAUAUCCUCAAUUCUGAGAUAUAAAUUCAAUAUUUGAUCAUAAUAAGCCCAUUUUUUUCACUUUGUGCUCCAACAUAAUCUGUUAUAAACCAUCUGUCUAUAAUUCCAAAUACUAACUUCAGGUAUCCUGUUCUUAUGCUCAAUGGAAACUGUAUUUCAACUAAAUGGAUGAAAUAAUCUGGAUUAAACUAAACUGAUGUCAUGUUGUUGAGCAGCAUCACAACAUAUUUCACCCAUCUCAAACAACAGAUUUAUCAUUUUUACUUUUAGAUAUUUCAGUUGAGCAUACUGUAUACCUGUAUUUUUUAUAUAUAAGAUUUAAAAAAAAAAUUUUAAACCUAAAAAAUACAUAUAUAAAACUGUUCUAUCAUUGUCUUUUUUAUGUCUCAAUUUCUGUUUUUCCAUUUGUUUGAUUUGGUGUUUGUGUUAUUUAAUUAAAAACAAAAAAAGAAUACGGUAUUGUGAAUGAAAUAUAAAAUGUAAAAAGUAUACAGUCGCUGCAUGUUUAACCAUAUUUUUAACCAUAUUUGAGCUUGAGUUUCAUCAUCUGUUGAGGAUAUGCAGGGCUUUUUCUAAAAAUAACAAUAAUAAUAAUCAUCAUCAUCAUCAUCAUUAUAGAAUGACACCACAAUGGAUGGACAAAUAACAACAAAUGUGCUUUAAGAGAAACAAACAGAGUUCUUACUUUCCUUUUAGAUAUGUGCAGUUUAUAUUUAAUGUACAGGGUGGGGAAGCAAAAUUUACAAUGAACAUUUAGUUGUUUUUUCUCAACAGGCACUACGUCAAUUGUUUUGAAACCAAACAUAUAUUGAUGUCAUAAUCAUACUUAACACUA